AGCGCAGAUGGCACGGUGUCACAGCUCCGUUUAUCCUGGAGAAGACUAUCUACGGUUGGGAAGGUAAAACUCGACAAAGUUGAAGCCAUGGAUCACGACCACUCAAAAAUGCCCUUUUAACUUUAGAAUAUAUUGAAGAUGCCCGGUCUCGUGUCCUGUCCCGGUGGUCUGAUAGUCAUUGGUCUCCUCCUCCUCCUCUCAUCCUCCUCUGUGAACACCCUAUCAGAGAUAUGGACCAAUGAAGUUUCAGAUGUUCAGUACGGGAGGAUAGGGUCCAAUGUUACGCUGCUGUGUAGAGACGCACUAGACAGGACGUCAGUGGAGUGGCGACUGAACAAGAGGUCCGUGUUGCCAUGGCAGCACCGAGUGACAUCAGGCGGUCAUCUGGUCCUCGUGCACGCAGAACACGCUGCCGAGGGUAACUACAGCUGCCAUGACGAGCAGGGACUCCUCAUCCAGACCACCAGACUCAGGCUAGGAUAUCCUCCCGGUCUGCUCAGCAUUUCCUGUCUUGUGCCCAAUCACAGCCUAGUAUUGUGUUCAUGGGUGGAGUCUGUGAAGACCCACCUACCAGCCCUGUACCACACCUCCUAUAGGGGUAAUAAGAGCCAGGUGAGGAUGUGUGUGGUGUCGUCCCCUCCCCAGAAGCAGUGCACCAUCACAGACCCUACCAUGUGGCAGCUCUACCACUACAUCAACAUCACCGAGACCAACCCUCUGGGGUCACAGACCACCAUCAUUCAGGUCAAGUUCCACAAGCUCUUGCAGCCAGACCCCCCAGAGGCAGUAACAGCAGUGGGGAUGGUAGGAUAUCCCAUGAGGCUCCAGGUGUACUGGACGAACCCUGCCUCCUGGCUCCACGACGCUGUGCCCUUCCCCCUCCACUUCCAGCUCCGCUACCGUCCUGUAGGAUCCAGCAUCUGGUCUACCGUGGAGUCUAAGGCCAGUGCCCUGCUCAUAACCGACGCCCUUGCUGGCCACGCCCACCAGCUACAGGUGAGAGCCCAGGACGAGAUCAACCCAGACAGCCAGUGGAGUGACUGGAGCCCCCUGCUGCAGGCCUGGCCAUGGAGUGGUUGCACAGCAGAUCCAACUGAACAAACCGUCCCUGUAGACUACAAUGACGAAGAUGCGGAGGCCUCUAUAGCCAACACCAAGUCAGGGAAUUCGGAGGAUGAUGGUGGUAGUCUGGGAGUGGUGAUAUUUCUGUCCCUGUUUGCUGUCAUUAUCAUUGUCUUGUUGUCCUCUCUAUUUGUCCUCAUGUGGGUGAGGCAAUGGAGACGGGACAAUGUAACACGACAGGAACUGACCUCAAUGUUGAAGAUGAAGUCCUGCAUAUCUGAACCUAGGUUGGCCCCUCCUCUCCACCAGGCCAUACCUCUACCAGCUGUCUGCAAUGUCCACAACACACUACCCACAACCUACCAGGAGACUCAUCACGCUACCCACAACCUACCAGGAGACUCACCACGCUACCCACAAACUACCAGGAGACUCACCACGCUACCCACAACCUACCAGGAGACUCACCACGCUGCCAACAACCCAUCUGGAGUGAGUGCUUGGCCUGGUCGCUGCCUGCCGAUAGACAGACAUGAUGGACCGACUAACUGACUCCUCCCACUGGAGUUCAACCUCUUCUGAUUGGCUGUGGGCCUCAGUGACAGUACGAAGGAAGGAGAGAUUAGUAUCUGUCUGUCUCCUCCCCUGACUGACUGACUAAGGUUCAUAUUGUAUUCCUGAUCAUGGUCCUUUAUUACUCGUGACUAAUGGAAGGCUGAAAGAGGAGAAGAAGAAACAGAGUUUUCCAAUUUGCUAAAGCAAAAGACAUUACCGAUAUAUAGACCGGUUGGCAAUAUAGACAGGUUAUAAACAGGUUAUAAACAGGUUAUAAAGAGGUUAUAGACAGGUUGGCAAUAUAGACAGGUUAUAAGCAGGUUAUAAACAGGUUAUAAAGAGGUUAUAGACAGGUUGGCAAUAUAGACAGGUUAUAAGCAGGUUAUAAAGAGGUUAUAGACAGGUUAUAGACAGGUUAUAGACAGGUUAUAAAGAGGUUAUAGACAGGUUAUAAAGAGGUUAUAGACAGGUUAUAGACAGGUUAUAAACAGGUUAUAGACAGGUCAUAGGCAGGUUAUAAACAGGUUAUAGACAGGUUGGCAUUCUCUUAACUUCAGCAGAAAAAGAGAAGGAACACUGCAAGGCUACUGCUAUUGGUCAGUGGUUGAGAAAGAGGAGUCCUGUCAUUUCCAUGCUGACCAGUCACAGACAGUGUCAGGACGAUGUCAUAUCUUAACGUGUGUAUGUGGGUAGCUUGAGGUUACAUUGGUCUGGGAACAGUUAUCCUUCUCUCCCGACCCCCACCAGAAGUGGCCCCACCUGGGAAAGAGGACCUGAUGUAGUAUCUGUCACCAUCACCCAUUAUGAGAGGUCUCUGCCACUUCAGAUACAACCAUCAGUUCUCCUCCGUCCCAUUUCCCAACAUCCCACAGCGUUAUUCUGCUCUAAAUGACAGUGGUAGUGAUGUUAUUUGUUGGUUCUUUACAUCGCUGUGUAGUCAUGGGAAACACAAGGUGUCUACUUAAAGAGUUAAAGCCUCGCUGGGUGUCUUUGAGGACUGCAAGGUUCUCUCCAGCUUGUACCUAUGCAUGGAUCCUGUUGAAGCUUCUUCUGUGUUCUGUCUUAACCAACAGAGUUAAAGCCUCGCUGGGUGUCUUUGAGGACUGCAACGUUCUCUCCAGCUAGUACCUGUGCAUGGAUCCUGUUGAAGCUUAUUCUGUCUUAACCAACAGAGUUAAAUGUAGUUCAUGUAUAUAUUCUGUUGUUUUUAGAGGCUGUUCCACUGUGCACCAUUCCCCAGUCAAUGAUAUGAAGCUCUAAUGCACUAGAUGUCCCAGUGUGUUUGUUCCCAUGCAUCCCAAUUGGCACCCUGUGCCCUAAAGACAGUGCACUAGAUGUCCCAGUGUGUUUGUUCCGAUGCAUCCCAAUUGGCACCCUGUGCCCUAAAGACAGUGCACUAGAUGUCCCAGUGUGUUUGUUCCUAUGCAUCCCAAUUGGCACCCUGUGCCCUAAAAACAGUGCACUAGAUGUCCCAGUGUGUUUGUUCCUAUGCAUCCCAAUUGGCACCCUGUGCCCUAAAGACAGUGCACUAGAUGUCCCAGUGUGUUUGUUCCUAUGCAUCCCAAUUGGCACCCUGUGCCCUAAAGACAGUGAACUCUAAAAGAAAUGGGACAUGUUUAUUGGUGGAUGCAUUUGUUAUUUGUUUUGGUUGUUUUUUAGAUCUUUUACCCAAUAAUAAUGAAUGGUACAUCAUG